GCGGCAGCAGCUGAGAGAGUUGUCGCAGUAGGCUGUGUUUGUUUGUCCCGUCGUGCCAUUGUGUGUGUGUUUUGUUUACAUUCACCCAGAGGUGAUUGAAUCGUCGGCGGAGGAAAGUGGAAAAACCUCUAGCAGUUCCUACCCACCGUUUCAUUGGACAGCAGAAUCAGUCCACCGCCUCAACCGAAGCAACAGAAGCUGAGUUUCUCGAUCCGAUCGUGAGUUUUGAUUGAAAGAACGAAUCUGAGGAAAUCAUAUCGCUGGGCAUUCCCAUACUGAAAUUUAUUAGCAAGGACUCGACCGGAAUUGGAUUAUUGCAUGGAACUGUACUCGCUGCCGUCGUCCCAGUUUGAGUAGUUUAACUUUGAGUUUAGCGAUCACAACUACCGGUACCACGAUGACGGUUCGUUAAGUCCGUUGCCAUCGGCGGCGAGCCACUCAAUCCCACAGGAUGCUUCCGUCAUGUUCUCGGAUUCUCCGCCAACGACGCAGGUCUUUAUCGGGUUCCUGCAGACAGGCGCAAACACGUUCAAAAAGGACUUUUAUAACCUCAAACUGACCGAUCGUGAGUAUCGCGUGCUGUACGAAGCGGCCAAGUGCAUUCAGAAGUCGUACAAGGGGCGCAAGAGUCGCAUUACGGAGCAGGACAAGGUGCGAUCGGCGGCCGUCGUCGUCCAGAACUACUACCGGCGGUAUAAACAGCACGCGUACUAACGCCAGAUGUCCAAGGCGGCCGUCAAAAAAGUCCCAAACCGGUGGAGGUCACUAGGCUGUCACGUAUGGCGUGAGCGGCGCAGUGGACAGUUUUUCGGAGGGGCGUCCAGGUCGACGGAGCGUUACUGCAAGAAGCAGCAUUCGCCUCAGCAGCAGCAUCACAUGAACAAUCAGGAUGGUUCCUCGAAGGAACCGAGCCCGUCGAAACCGUUUUGGUGAGUGGUGCAGGACUUCAUGUAGGUUGUAUGAGACUUAGGGGAUCUUUUUUUGCUAACGAACUUAUUUGCAGCGAACUCAGAAUCAAGCCGCAAGGAAAAUUUAAUAAUUUAUUAUGAGACAAUCGAUUAAUAUAUCAUUAA